AGCUGAUGAACAAACACUCAAUCUGGGACGUGGUGCGGUUAUUGAGAGUUUAUAAGCAAAACCGGAGUAAAAACAUUGUCAAAUUCUAUACAGAGGCCGCCAUGAAGUUGUUGUUACCCCUUCUCCUCAUCACAAUGGCAUGCCACUUCUCAUUAGCAGCGCCUUCCAACAUCCAGGAGUACGAGCUCUCAAUGCUGAACAAGCUGAACAAACCCUGGAUCACUCCUGACAAGCCCCAGCAGUACCCUCGGAAGGGGGAGUAUCCUUGCAAGGGAGGAAUUUGUAAGGUCAAGGCGGUGGAGACCUGUGAAGACUGUCAACAUGCUAAACCUAUGUGGCCGUAAGGUGUAGUUAAAAGUAUGGGAGACGAUCAUUGUACAUUUACUUUAAGAAAUCAUAAUGGCAUUGCAAAAGUGCAUUGUAUGUUCAAUGGAAAAGCAUCGUUUAAUGGCCUUAAAUAGAUUAGGUAGGUACCUACUUCUUUCGUCUAAC